AUGGCGUUGGAAACAUCGUUCAAGGACCAAGGACUUCGAAGCUGUUUGCAAACUCGGGAAUACCCAUUCGGUAACGUUCGCGUCGGGCCGGCCUGUGACCCGAGAUCUGGGCGGCAAACACGCGCUGCUAAUCUAGCAGUUCGAGUCAGGACCCUGAUGCUGGGAACCUGCCUGGCCGUCGAUCUUCGUGCUGGACCAGAUGGACAAGAAAGGUCAAAUACGCCGUCACAUAGUAGAACGCUCCUCAAAGACGUCCGUUGGCCUGGAGUUUUUUUUAUAGACUCGAGAUCUUUAUUGGACCACAAAAGCAAGCCCCUGGCAGCCCAUGGGAACAUGCUAUUCUAUUGGAGAAGAUGCAGCAUCCCGCAAAACAGGGACUUCAUUUCACCCGAAGAAAUCCCAUUCGAGACCGAUCGUGGUUCCUGUCGUUCAUCGGUUGAAUGGGAUCCUGAGACAGCCGCGCCGGCAAACCUCAUGAUUCCUUCACGCAGUGACCAUGACCAUGAAACUGUGUCGUGCAAGAGUAAAAUGCAGACCCUGCAUCUGCACAUCGGCAGCCUGUCGCACAACAAACGCUAUCCACUGUGGAUGAAGGAAUUCGAAGCAUCACUGAUCUUCGGAAAUUUGUGCCGAACCACCGCUUUCUCCACAAACACGAACAUGUGCACCGGCACACUAAAAUGUCGUGCAGGAAGCCCCAUGCCUGUCCCUGACUCGACAUGUCGCCAGGUCAAGGGCCAACCUCGUACGCAAGCCUGGAGGUCCAGCCCCCAGAACGAGCAUAGUCCAGUCAUCUUUUGUGUUGGACAGGCCUUAUCUACGGAGGCAUUCCGAUGGCCAUACGAGUCAUCCCUCUUCACCGGACGAUGCGAUUUCGCCAAAGACAUGUACCGCAAUUCGAGCUGGCUAGUAUCGCGAUGUUGA